AUGCAUUUCCUGGCAACUCUUACCUACGCUGGGCUCCUGUUCACCUCAGCCCGAGCACAGUUAGGUCUUUGCGUACCGGUUGACAUCACCAAUCCUCAAAAAUGUGGUCCUCUCGAGGAACAGCAGAAUUGCGCCCAGAAAGCGGUAGACACGUGCGCCCAUAUUGGCGGUGAGGGUACGACAGGCUUUUGUGUACCCUUCAAUAUUGCUCGAAGCGAUGUAAGUUAA